AUACCACUAAUUACUCUUCUCAACUUAUAAGACAUAGUAUUUCAUACUAAAACCACUACCAUAAUAUUCUCGUCUCGUCACUUUCUUUGACUCUUUCCUUCUCCAAACCUUUCUUCUUGUUCUUCUUCUUAUAUUUUUCAAUUCUCAUUUUCUUCUUUUCUCUAUCUCUUCUUACAUCACAACCACCUCUUCACUCUUCAGUUAUAUAACCCUUUUUCUCUUAAUUCUUAUUCUCUCAAACUUUUUCAUCUUCAAAAUAGUUUGAUCCGCAUAUACUUUGAUACCAUACAAAAAGAGAAAUGAAGAAGUUGGUCCUCAAAUUAGACUUGCAUGAUGACAAGGACAAACAAAAAGCCUUGAAAACAGUGUCAACACUUUCAGGUAUUGAUGCAAUCUCAAUGGACAUGAAGGAGAAGAAAUUAACAGUUAUAGGGACAGUGGAUCCAAUAACUGUUGUAAGCAAAUUGAGGAAGCAUUGGCAAACAGAUCUUGUGGUGGUUGGACCAGCCAAGGAGCCAGAGAAGAAAGAUGAUGGAAAGAAAGAUGAAGGAAAAAAAGAUGGAGAAAAGAAAGAAGAGGGUAAGAAAGAUGGAGAAAAGAAAGAUGAUAAGAAGAAAGAUCAAGCACCACUUGACCCUGCUGUUUUGGAGAUGGUUAAGGCUCAACAAAGGGCUUAUUAUUAUUAUAAUAAUCCCUACAUGACAACACAAUAUCAUACUCAAAGCAUUGAAGAGAAUCCCAAUGCUUGUGUCAUUUCUUAAAAUAAAAGAGAAAUGUUUGUUUGUUUGUUUAUGUUGUGAUUAUUAUCGUAUUCUGAUCCGACAUAUCAUCUAUUUAUUAUCGGAUAUUAUGUUGGUUCGAAUGUAAAUAAGGUUGAUGUGUUAUAUGUUUUGAUAGUAAAUUUGACAGAUAAUAUUUUUAAAAA